GUCCCCCGAGAAUUCCACCUACUUCAACCUGACCGCCCAACAGCCAAACACAGCGCUCCAACAACCUCCAAAUCUCGUCCACUUCUCCCACCAUGCCGGUCGUAAAGGGCGGCGUCUGGACUAACGUCGAGGAUGAAAUUCUCAAAGCUUCUGUUUCUAAAUACGGACUCAACCAAUGGCAACGCGUCUCUUCGCUCCUUGCCCGAAAAUCGGCGAAACAAUGCAAAGCUCGUUGGGCGGAAUGGCUGGAUCCUAGUAUUAGGAAAGUUGAAUGGUCCCGCGAUGAAGAUGAAAAACUCCUUCAUUUGGCCAAGUUGAUGCCCACGCAAUGGAGGACAAUUGCGCCAAUUGUUGGAAGAACCGCCACACAGUGCCUAGAUCGAUACCAGAAGCUCCUUGAUGAGGCUGAAGCUCGAGAGAGUUCAGAGUUGGGCCUCGCUGGGCCAGAUGGGGCCGAGGCGAGUGCACCGAGUGCGGAUGACAUUAGAAGGUUUAGGCCAGGAGAGACUGAUCCUGAUCCGGAAACAAAACCUGCUAGGCCCGGUGUGUUUAUCUUGGUCCCUAUAUUAUGAUGAAAUCCACUUUCUUGCUGACUGCUAUUGUUUAGAUGCGGUUGACAUGGAUGAGGAUGAAAAGGAGAUGCUUAGCGAAGCUCGUGCCCGUCUCGCGAAUACUCAAGGAAAGAAGGCCAAGCGUAAGGCCCGUGAACGGCAACUGGAGGACUCCAGGCGAUUAGCCGUGCUUCAGAAGCGCCGGGAGCUCAAACAUGCGGGUAUCAAUAUCAAAUUAACUAAUCGCCGUAGAGGCGAGAUGGAUUAUAAUGCGGAUAUCCCAUUUGAGAAGAAAGCGGCACUGGGAUUUUACGAUAUUACUGAGGAAGAGGCUCGGAAUGAGAGGCAGCGCGCCAACAUCGAUCCCCGGAAGGCUUUGUCCCAUACCAAACGGAAAGGAGAUCAGGAUGAGGAUCUAGAUAGAAAGAGAAGGAAGGGGGGGGAUAAAGACAAGAACGGUGCUGCCGCUGCUUUCGCAUCCGCAGCAAAGGCUGGGCAAUUGCAAAAAAUUCGACAAGCCGAGCAAUUGAGCAAGAGGAGGCAACUUGUCCUUCCUUCGCCGCAAGUUGGGGAGACAGAAUUGGAGGAGAUUGUCAAAAUGGGUUUGAUGGGUGAAGAUGCGAAUAAAAUUGCUGGAGCCAGCGAUAACGAGUCGACCAAAGGGCUGGUUGGCAGCUAUACUAAUAUCAAUAGUGGCGCACCCAUUCGUACUCCAAGGGCUCCUCCGACCGAAGAUCGUGUAGCGAACGAGAUCAAGAAUAUUCGUGCACUUACCGAAACCCAGUCCUCGCUUCUUGGAGGAGAGAAUACCCCAUUGCAUGAAUCGGGUACCACUGGUUUUGACGGCAUUGCCCCUCGGAAGAUGAUUGUGUCAACACCGAACCCUCUAGCAACACCAUUCCGUGCUGGCGGGGCCGCAGAUGCUACACCUGGCGCUACUCCAGGGAGACCCGGACAAACGCCCUUAAGGACUCCAAGAGAUUCCUUAGCAAUCAAUCAGAAUGGGGCUUAUGCCGGUUCACUCGUUUCUAUGACUCCUAGGGACCAAAGGUUGCAACAGGACUCGAUCAAGCAGCGGUUGAAAUCUGGGUGGGUGCUUCGCUUAUCCAAGAUUUACUUAAUGUUUGUUAACCAUCACUUAGUUUUGCAUCACUCCCCAAGCCUAAGGAGAUAGAGUUAGAAGAGCCAGAGGAGCCAGAAGAAGAUACAGACAUCCCGGUGGGGUCAACGCUCGCAGAGGACAGAGAAGAAAUAGACCGUCGGAACCGUGAACGUGCUGAGGCUGAGGCUGCCGCAGAACUAAAACGCAGAACCCAGGUUAUACAGAAGUCCCUCCCGCGCCCAGGCGUUGUUGAUAUCGGCGCACUUCCAGAGUCCAAGAUGUUGAAUCCUGUGCAAAAAAUGAUUGCCCAAGAAAUGACCGCCCUGAUUGGGACAGAUGCUCUACGUUACCCAGUCAAGGGCGGAAAGGUCACAGGUGCUCCAAAAAUGCUCGAUAAAUUUGACGACGAUCUCCUCGAGAAGGCGAGAAUGGAGAUUGUUUUAGAGCUAUCACCAGAAAUUGUUGAGCAGGCCAAAUCGGAAUUUGAGGAUGCUUGGCUGAGGAUUCACUCAUCCCCUAACCUUCCAGGGCUUGAAGGUUAUGGAGAGGACGAGGAUGAAGACAGCCAGUUGACGGCCGAAACCUACGAUGUACGUUCCACCAAGCCCAGCAUAUUGAAACAAUAGCAGCGCACUAACCUAUGUCUGUAAUAAUAUAGUUCAUCCAAGAAAGACUCACCAAAGAUGCCACUCAGGGCAAUAAACUAGAGAAGAAGCUCAGCCUCCACCUCGGCGGCUACCAAGCCCGUUCUAAAAUGCUGCGCCAAAAGCUAAUCGAAGCAUCUGAAGCGAUCGCGGAAACGAGGAGGGAUCUGGAGGGCUUCAGAACCUUGAAAAUCAGCGAAAUGGUCGCCCUCCCGAAAAGACUUGAAGGGCUCAAGAGGGAGGUUGCCUUCUUGGACAGGAAGGAAAGGGAGGCCCAAGAGGUCUAUAGAGCUAGAAGAGAAGAGCUGGAGAGUCUGUAAAGUUGGUUUUUUUUUUUUUUUUUCGUUUUCCAUUGCCAUAUUUAGCUUGCGGGAUUUAUCAUUUCUUUUGUUUGGGAUGUAUUAAAAGUGGGAAGGCUUCGAUUCAUAGUGUAUCAUUAGUGAGUUAGCUGGGCGGGGUUAAUUGAGGAAGGGAGGGGCAUGUGGAAUGCUGAAUUGAAUACGAGAUGAGAUCCUGCGUCUCAGGGAUGGUUGGUCGAGCAUUCCAUUUCUCCCAUUUCUGAUUUUCCUGCCCGGAAGUGGCUGCUUGCUCGGUCAACAUGGUCUGUGGAAUUAUUCUGCCGCACUUGCGUGCCUACUACUCGCUCUAAUGAUCGUAACAAGGCGAUGAAUUAUCGUUGGAAGAUCUUUUCCACUCCCCCGGAUUUUGACCCCAGCGUACUGGACACAUUAUAG